GCACCGUUGCCAUGUGAAGCACAAAUUCACGUGAUCCCAUGGGAGAAUAAAAUCUCACCCCAGGUUAACUGCUCUAAAGAACGGACAAUGGCUGUACUUGUAAGAAGGCCUCCCGGAUUCACACCUUUCCGAAGCUUUGCUCUACUACAGGAGCCAAACAAAAUUUUAUCCUCUGAUAAAAAUGAAGAAGAAGGACAAAGACCUGGUAAAGAAAUGAGAAAAGAUGGUAGGCAGGAACCUGAAGGUGAAGGUGAACCUGAGCAUGAACACGGGCAUACACAUGGGCAUAAACACGGGCACGGACAUAAAAAGCAUCAUAAGUCUGACAAAAGGCACAGGCAUGAAAAUGGUUGUGGGCACAGAACUGGCCAUGGGUGUGGGCAUAAAAAACACAGUAAAAAUGGUAAACAUAAACAUUCAACCCCCAAAUCUUCUGAGGAGUCCAAUGAAAGAGGUUUUAAUCAAAACGAAACCUUCCCAACAUCCCAUGCUGAAAGAGCAUCAGAGCUAGUUAACCCAGGGGUUGCAAGAAAAGCAACCAGCACACCUGCAGAACCACUAAUUCUUCCUGAUACUUCUUUAUUUAAUGGGUUGCCAGAUCGCCCAGAACCUCGUCACCCUAGAUGUCCUGGAAAACCAUGGAAAUCAAUUAUGGACCCUCCAGCUCCUUCUAGCUUUCCCAGAGAAUUCACAGACGAGGAUCUCUUGCCUUCGACAGCAGAGAACAUCAAUCCAGCAACAGAAAGCUCAACGCCUCCCCCAGAAUUAGAUUUUGACCUCUCAGACGCUCUAAGCACAGAGUGA